UCUAGGGUUUGGGUUCUGGAGACGAAGGGGGUGUUUUGUGUAUUUGAGAUUAUUGCUUUGUAAACCUCAAAAUCUAUGGCGGUUUCUAGCUCCUUCGUUGUUACACCAAAGCUGGAGAAAUUGUUAGCCAAUCCAACGUCUUCUUCUCCGGCGCCGUUUGGUGUAAUUGGGAUUCAUGCUCUUCCGAUGAACAACAAUAGGAACAAGCGAGGUCUGAUCCAGAGAGCCCGUUGCGAGAUUUCUCCGUCUAAGGCAGCUAGCAUCUCAGCUCUCGAGCAGCUUAAGACUUCUGCUAUUGACCGAUACACUAAGGAAAGAAGCAGCAUUAUUGUGAUUGGGCUUAGCAUCCACACAGCUCCUGUUGAGAUGCGUGAGAAGCUUGCCAUUCCAGAAGCUGAAUGGCCACGAGCUAUCGCGGAAUUGUGUGGUUUGAAUCAUAUUGAAGAAGCUGCUGUACUCAGUACCUGCAACCGAAUGGAGAUUUAUGUCUUGGCUCUAUCUCAGCAUCGUGGAGUCAAAGAAGUCACUGAGUGGAUGUCUAAGACAAGUGGAAUCCCGGUUUCCGAAAUCUGUCAGCAUCGUUUUCUAUUGUACAACAAGGACGUCACACAACAUAUAUUUGAAGUCUCAGCUGGUCUAGACUCCCUUGUCCUAGGAGAAAAUCAGAUACUUGCACAGGUUAAACAAGUUGUGAAAGUAGGUCAAGGAGUCAAUGGGUUUGGGAGGAACAUUAGUGGGCUAUUUAAACACGCAAUCACAGUUGGGAAGCGUGUCAGAACAGAGACAAAUAUCGCUGCUGGGGCUGUUUCUGUUAGCUCGGCUGCAGUCGAACUUGCUCUCAUGAAACUUCCCGAAUCUUCUCAUGCAUCAUCUGCUAGGAUGUUGGUAAUUGGUGCUGGAAAGAUGGGGAAGCUUGUAAUCAAGCACUUGGUUGCUAAAGGUUGCACCAAAAUGGUGGUUGUGAAUCGAAGUGAAGAGAAAGUUGCUGCUAUUCGCGUGGAGAUGCCAUCUGGUGUUGAGAUUAUUUAUAAACCCCUUGAUGAGAUGCUAUCCUGUGCAGCUGAAGCCGAUGUAGUCUUUACUAGCACAGCUUCUGAGACACCAUUAUUCUUGAAGGAGCAAGUAGAGACUCUCCCUCCUGUUAGAGAUGCGAGACUCUUUGUUGAUAUCUCUGUUCCUAGAAAUGUCGGGUCUUGCGUCGCUGAAAUAGAUGGUGCACGGGUUUUCAACGUGGAUGACCUCAAGGAAGUCGUUGCUGCAAAUCAAGAGGACAGGGUGAGGAAAGCAAUGGAAGCUCAGGCUAUAAUUACAGAUGAAUCGAAACACUUUGAAGCAUGGAGGGAUUCGCUGGAGACGGUUCCCACAAUCAAGAAAUUAAGGGGAUAUACAGAGAGAAUUAUAGCUGCAGAGAUUGAGAAAUUCUUGCCGAAAUCAGGCAUUGAGAUGAACAAGAAGUUGAGAAAAUCAGUAGAUGAUCUAAUCCGAGGUAUAGUGAACAAGCUCCUGCACGGUCCAAUGCAGCAUUUGAGAUGCGAUGGGAGCGAUAGCAGAACACUGAGUGAGACACUGGAGAACAUGCAGGCUCUGAACAGGAUGUAUGGACUUGAUGCAGAGAUACUCGAGGAGAAGAUUAGAGCAAAGGUGGGAAAAAAGUAGAGAAAGAGCCUUUGUUGCAUCCAUUUUUAGUAGUUAUUUAGGUUCACCAAGUCGAUUUUCUUCUUAAGCUUUUUCUCGUUUUUCAUGAGGUGUUCUUAAAAGUGAAAAAGUAAAGCUCAUGUAUAAAAAUGUGUUUGUUCA